AUGGCGGUUCAAACUUAUGAUGUUGCAGCCAAUUUGUUUAGUAUAGUUUUGGAUGUUUUUUUUCGUGAAAUCAGAUCUCGAGGAUCUCAUCGAAUUCCCAAAGAAGGCCCAAUAAUAUUUGUUGCUGCGCCUCAUGCGAAUCAGUUCGUAGAUCCUUUAAUUCUGAUGAGACAUUGUCAACGUCGAGUUUCAUUCUUGAUCGCUGAAAAGUCUACGCGAAGACGAUUCAUAGGAACGAUAGCAAAAUAUCUUGAUGCGAAUUUAGCCAAACCUGGAAUAGGUAGAAUUCAAUUACUUAAUUGUAAAACUGAACCCACUCGAAUUUUUGGUAUAAAUACAAAGUUCACGCAACAAUUACAAAUUGGAUAUCAAAUUGGACUUCCCCGAGAUCGAGGAACUUCGGAAGUUAUAAAAAUUAUAUCGGAUACAGAACUUUUAAUUAAAAAAGAAUUUAGGGAUAUUAAAGCAUUAGAAAUGUUAACAAAUCCGGAAGGUACUUCUUUUGUAUGUAUCCCACAAAUUGAUCAAAGUUCGGUUUAUCAAGUUGUAUUUGAAAGAUUGAACAAUGGUCAUUGUAUUGGAAUAUUUCCUGAGGGGGGAAGUCAUGAUAGACCUGAAAUAUUACCACUUAAAGCCGGAGUUACGAUAAUGGCUUUAGGAGCAGUUGCAGCUAAUCCACAACUUGAUGUUAAAAUUGUUCCAUGUGGAUUAAAUUAUUUCCAAGCACAUUCUUUUAGAUCCAAAGCAGUAAUUGAAUUUGGUUCACCAAUUUCAAUAUCACCUGAAUUAGUAGAAAAAUAUAAAGAAGGUGGUUCAUCCAAACGAGAAGCAUCGGGAAGAAGACUUUAUCGACCAGCUCAUAGAAAAUUACCGAUUUCUCAAAUAGUAGAAUUAAAUAGACGUUUUAUAGCUGGUUAUGAAUAUUUUAAAGAUGAUUCUAGAGUACAAGAAAUGCGUAAACAAGUUAUUGCGUAUAAUAAAUUAUUAAAUUAUUAUGGUUUGAAAGAUCAUCAAGUCAAUAGGACAGCAAUUGGUGGACCUAGAGCGGCAGGAUUAUUACUUUAUAGAGUUAUGUUGUUGACUACUUGGAGCAGUUUAGGAUUACCGGGUUUCAUAUUAAAUCUACCUUUAGUAAUUAUUGCUCGUAAAGUUAGUGCCAGAAAAGCUGAAGAAGCUGUUCGUAGUUCAUCAGUUAAAGUAGCAGGUCGAGAUGUUCUGGCAACUUGGAAACUUCUUGUUGCUUUAGUAGUCACGCCACUUCUAUAUGGAUUUUAUACAUUUAUUGUAGUACUCAUAUCAUUUAGGAAGAGAUGGAUAUUAAAAUGGAAAUUAUUUGCUCCUAUAUCAACUUUUUGUACCUUAGUGACAGGAAGUUAUGUUACUAUUCGAUUUGUAGAAAGUGGUCUUGAUAUUUACAAAUCAAUUCGUCCAUUAUUUUUAUCAUUACUUCCUUGGACUAGACCAAAUAUCGAAAAUUUACGUAAUGUACGCGAAAAAUUAUCAGAUGAUCUCACCAAUCUUAUUAAUCAAUUAGCACCACAAAUUUAUCCAGAUUUUGAUGUUGAACGUAUUAUAUCUCAAUCAACAGCAACCACUAAUAGUAUCACUUCUACUGCUAUGAGUAUAUUUCAAUCUCCUAUUGAUUGGUUGGACGAUAAAAUUUUUAGUUGGGAUCGACCAGAUAAUAACAAUUAUAUAUCAGAAUAUGAUGAUGUACUCUUUUUUCUGGAAAAGAAUAACGGUAGUACAAUGUCUGGUCGUAGUAGAACUAGUAGUUGGGGUAGUGUUUCUAGUUCAAGAUCACGUAGUAGAGCGAAUUCAUUUGGUUCCGUUGGAUGUGGUAACGUUACUGAAGGGUUAUUAAGAGUUGAAGCAUUAACUGAAUUACCGAAAGAUCAACCAUUUGCUGAAGUAACUAAAGUAACUAAACGUAUUAGUAGCGUUAUAACAAAAAUAAAAGAUAAAGAAAAUGAUUACGAUUCUGGAUAUCAAGGGGAUAAAGAAGAUGAUGGAAAUCAAAAGACUUUUCGAGAAGACUCAAUUUAUAUAUGUCCGUGGGAAGGUUGCAAGAAGAAUCAGAGUAAUUUUAUUAAAUUAGAAGAACAUUUACACAAACACACUCAACAAAGACCAUUUAAAGUAGGCUCAAAAGACUAUUUUACCUGUUACUUUGCUUUUCAAGCACAAGGCGUUGUGGACUCUACAGGUACCGAUGAUGAUACAUUAUAUGAUGAAAAUGAAAAAUUGAAUUUAGGAAAAGUCAAAAAUGAAAUUGAUGUUCUUGUGAAAGAGAAAGUCAGCAAAGAUGAAGCUGCCAUUCUUAAAGGAAAAGACAAUCGAAAUGAAAUUCUACCAAUUCAUCUUGCAAAAUUAUCUUAUCGUAAUGUUCUCAUUAAAGACAUGGUCAAUAAAAAUAAAGACACAAAAGAUUUUAUGACUAGACGUUAUCAACAUGAAGAGGCUGUAUGGGAUUUAUUUUGUAAGGGGAUAGAUGCUAUCUCAUUAUUGCCGGAGGAUCCAAUUGAUCCUGAUUAUGAAUCUGAUGAGGAUGAUUUACCCGAUGGUUCAAAGGAAGAAUUGACUGAGGCCGAACAGGACAAACUUAUAUAG